GGGACACAGAAUUGUUACUCAGGGACAGUCACAGAAUUGUUACUGAGGGACACAGAAUUGUUACUGAGGGACACAGAAUUGUUACUCAGGGACACAGAAUUGUUACUCAGGGACACAGAACUGUUACUCAGGGACACAGAAUUGUUACUCAGGGACACAGAAUUGUUACUCAGGGACACAGAACUGUUACUCAGGGACACAGAAUUGUUACUCAGGGACACAGAAUUGUUACUCGGGGACAGACACAGAAUUGUUACUGAGGGACACAGAAUUGUUACUGAGGGACACAGAAUUGUUACUCAGGGACAGACACAGAAUUGUUACUGAG